GCGGCAGCUAGCCGACAGGUGUUGCCCGUUGCCGUUCGCAGCCAUUCAGUUAGUCGCCGAAAGGACGAGCAGCCAGCAGUUCUCGGCAGGUCAGCAGCAGCAACUAGAAAUUCUGGCACGGAAAAUGAUGUACUAACGUGACCAAAAUGAGAAACAUUCCGCUGAGGGCAGUCCUUCUGCUGCUCCUCGGCAUGUCCAUGCAGCUGGACCCCUCGGUUGCCACGUCCACAUACGGUGCGGCCUGGCAGCGCGACCUCUUCGGUCGUGAUUCGCGCAAUUUGAUGCGCCGCAGCCCCUCCCUUUCGGGGAUGGGCGAUGACAGUGCCACCUACGAUGGAGGCCACAACAUAGGGGGCUACAAGCAAAUAUUUGGCCCCUAUCCCAUCGAGCAGGAGCCGCGGGUGGCGCAUAUGCCACAGCAGCAGCCCCAACAGAAUCUGCGCCAGCAGACCGAGGUCUAUGGGAUUGUCGAGCCGCUGAUUGAGGACACACCCUGCGCCGACCGGCCCUGCCUUGUCAGCGAGGACUGCUGCCCCACCGGGGUCUGUGUCAGCACCAAUGGCGAGGGCAAAUGUGUUUAUGUAUUUGGACACCAGCGCGACCUAUGCCAGCGGCACGGGGACUGUGCUUCGGGCAGUGUCUGCAUGCUGGUCGCCCAAGAGGGCAUCUGGCGCUGCGAGACCGAGGCGGAGUCGAGCGCUGCCCCAUCGCUGCUGGAGGAGAUGUUCGGGCUGAGGCAGAGGCAGCCGCUGGGCAGCGACUGCAACAGCAGCAACGAUUGUCAGGUGGUCAAUGGGAUGUGCUGCCAGCAGCAGCGACUGCAUCAUCGGGCUGGCUCCAAGCGCAGCUGCGGCUACUUUCGGGAUGCCUUCGACUGUGUGGACAUGGUUGGCACGGAGCAUCUACAGCAUCGCCGCUAUUAACGAGCCCAACGAGCUGGAAGAGAAGGUGCAGGUGCACAGCUACACACGGACAGGUAGAGAUGGUAAUGAAAAUGAAAAAGAAGAUACAACAAAACCCAACAAGAAGUACCUAUAUACAUACAUAAAUAUAUAACUGAAACAUAUCAAAUUGUUAAACAAAUACAUAUCAUUAUUCCAGUCGGCGUAGCAUAGUGAAAAUGUCUGCGAAUAUAUGAACAAUAUAUGUAUCAAUAUUUUAUUCCCUUAGUACACUUUGAAAUUCGGUAACCAUAUCCAAGUUACUCGCAACGAUCUUCGACUUCUAAAUGUGUUUUUCGUAGAAUCUCCAAAUAUACUGACUGAGGCAUUCAAUGUUAAUUAACGGCAAAAAUUAUUAUUGCAAUACAUAUUUAAAAUAAUCAACCAACAAUUAAACAUUAUUUAAUUAUUUCACAUAUAAA